AUGGCUGGCACGGCGUCCACACAUGGAGAUGUCACGCAAGACCUGACGCCAAACAUCACGACACCGUCUGUGUCGGCGACGUCGACGACGUCGGAAUCGAAGCCUACCUUGCUGCAUCUCGGUGAUGACAUUCGCUGGAAUCACGACCUGUACCGCGAACUGGCGCGGAAAUUCAACAUUGUCAGAACCUACUCCACUGGACGCGAUGACUUCAAGCGCGCAUUGCAAGAGAGGAAAUGGGGCGACUUCGUGGGCAUGUACCGUCCGUUCUGGAACACGGGCGGCGAAAUGGGAAACUGGGAUGCCGAGCUAAUCGCCCUGCUGCCCGCCUCGUGCAAGCUCUUCGCCUCGGCCGGCGCCGGCUUCGACUGGGUCGACACCCGAGCGCUCGCCGAGCGCGGCGUCGUGUACUGCAACAGCGCAUCCGCGUGCACCGAGUCGGUCGCCGACGCGGCCGUCUUCCUCAUCUUGUCCGUGUAUCGCAGCUUCGCGUGGAGCUUUUUGGCGGCCCGCUCUUGCGACCCGGCGCGCUUCCAUGACGCGAAUAGCAACAUCGCGGCUGUGACGCAUAAUCCGAAUGGCUCGACGCUGGGGAUCGUGGGUCUCGGCAGGAUUGGGUACAGGAUUGCGCAGAAAGCGAAGGCGUUUGAGAUGAAGGUGCUGUAUCACGACGUGGUGAGGAUGGAGGAGAGGGAGAGGGAAGUUGGUGCCGAGUUCUGCGCGACGCUCGAGGAGAUGUUGGGGAGGAGCGAUUGUGUACUUCUGGCCACACCGUUCAGUGGGGAUGUCUUGCUGGGCGGGAAAGAGUUUGGACAGUUCAAGAGAGGUGCGCGGUUGGUAAAUAUUGCAAGGGGGAAGUUGGUGGAUGAGGAUGCCUUGGUGAGAGCGCUAGAUGAUGAGGUUGUGAGUGCGGCGGGUCUGGAUGUGCAUGCCGAUGAGCCGCAUGUGCACAAAGAGCUUGCAUCGAGACGAAACGUGAUGAUGCUGAGCCACACGGCCGGUGCCAGUGUUGAGAGUCAUGUUGGAUUUGAAAGGCUGGGGAUGGUGAACUUGUUAGGGUGGUUGGAGAAGGGGGAGUCUGGGUUGGUGAGCCCAGUGAAUUUGCAGUGGUUGAAGAGGGACGUGUGA